CUGGUUAUAUAAAGGCCUCAGAACCAAGGCAAAGCAGACUACCCACCGCACUACGCAAGCACAGGAGUUCUCUGAUACAUUGUGAGAAAGAAGCAGAGAGAAGAAAACAUGGCGAGGCUUCCUGUUUUAUUGAUAGCUCUCUUCUUCUCCUCCGCCUUCGUGGAUCGAUGCCGGGUUGAGGCCUCGUUCUGGGACAGCGCGUUCUUCACGUGGGGCGCUCGGCAGUCCUCGGUCCUCAACAACGGCAACGAUGUUCAACUCGUGUUGGACAAGAUCUCUGGUUCAGCCUUUCAAUCCAAGAGCGCUUACCUGUUUGGAAGCAUUGAAAUGCUAAUCAAGUUAGUCCCUGGAAAUUCAGCUGGGACAGUCACUGCAUACUAUCUAUCUUCCACGGGGUCAAACCACGACGAGAUCGACUUCGAAUUCUUGGGCAACGUUUCCGGACAACCUUACACCAUCCACACAAACAUCUUCACUCAAGGAAUCGGUAAUAGAGAACAGCAAUUCUACCUGUGGUUCGACCCCGCGGCCGAUUUUCACAACUACACCAUUCACUGGAACCCCACCGAAGUUGUCUGGUACAUCGACAGUAUACCAAUUCGAGUGUUCAGGAACUACCAGAGCCAGGGCGUCGGGUACCCAAACCAGCAAGGCAUGAGGGUGUACUCAAGCCUGUGGAAUGCAGAUGACUGGGCCACAAGGGGCGGGCUCGUGAAGACCGACUGGCGGCACGCGCCCUUCGUGGCCCGGUUCCGCAACUUCCAGGCUAGGGCCUGCAAGUGGUUUGGGCCCGCCAGCAUCUGGCAGUGCGCGGCCAAGACACCGGCAAACUGGUACACGUCGCCGGCGUACGGCCAGCUCACCAGUGCCAAGCAGGGACAGAUGAAGUGGGCGAGGGACAAGUACAUGGUCUAUGACUAUUGCAAGGACACCAGGAGGUUCAACUGGAAGAUGCCUCCUGAGUGUUCCAAGCCUCAGUAUUGAUUGACGUAGUAGCAUUUGCCUGUUCUUUGCGAGAUUGAUGAGUCUUACACAUCUCCGUCUACUUGCAUGUUCAAU